CGACAUCUCUGAGCCAGAGACAGCAGAAGGCCCUUCCCUCUUUGCCUCCCAGCCCUCUCAGUAGCCGCCAUUGUCCCUCAUAGGGAGGAUACUCUUCUUGGGUCCUAGGUCGUGGGUCUGCCCCGCAGCCAUGCCACUCUACGAGGGUCUGGGCAGUGGAGGGGAAAAGACGGCGGUAGUGAUCGACUUGGGUGAAGCCUUCACCAAGUGUGGAUUUGCAGGAGAAACUGGACCAAGGUGUAUAAUCCCUAGUGUAAUCAAGAAAGCUGGAGUGUCUAAGUCUAUUAAAGUUGUUCAGUACAAUAUUAAUACAGAAGAAUUGUAUGCCUACCUAAAGGAAUUCAUCCACACAUUGUAUUUCAGACAUCUCUUAGUGAACCCCAGAGACCGCCGAGUUGUGGUUAUCGAAUCUGUACUGUGUCCUUCCCACUUCAGAGAAACACUUACCCGUGUACUUUUCAAAUAUUUUGAGGUUCCAUCUGUAUUGCUUGCUCCCAGUCAUCUGAUGUCUCUUCUGACACUUGGGAUUAAUUCUGCCAUGGUAUUAGACUGUGGAUAUAGGGAAAGCAUGGUGUUACCUAUAUAUGAAGGAAUACCAAUUCUGAAUUGUUGGGGAGCCCUCCCCCUAGGAGGAAAGGCCAUUCACAAGGAGUUGGAAACUCAGCUAUUGGAGCAAUGUACUGUUGACAUAGGUGCAACUAAAGGACAGAGUCUCCCAUCAGUAAUGAGUUCAAUUCCAGAAGUUAUUUUAGAAGACAUUAAAGUACGAACUUGUUUUGUGAGUGAUCUACAGCGGGGACUUAAAAUGCAGGCAGCAAAGUUCAACAUUGAUGGCAGUGCUGAGCGACCUUCACCACCCCCAGAUGUAGAUUACCCAUUAGAUGGAGAGAAGAUUUUGCAUAUAAUUGGAUCAAUCAGAGAUUCUGUUGUGGAAGUUCUGUUUGAGCAAGAUAAUGAAGAGAAAUCGGUAGCCACUUUAAUAUUGGAUUCACUUAUGCAGUGCCCAAUAGACACAAGGAAGCAGCUGGCAGAGAACUUGGUAGUCAUAGGCGGCACCGCUAUGUUACCAGGAUUCUUACAUAGAUUAAUGGCAGAAAUCAAGUAUUUGGUAGAAAAACCAAAGUACCAAAAAGCACUUGGCACUAAGACAUUCCGAAUUCAUACUCCACCUGCAAAGCCUAAUUGUGUGGCCUGGUUGGGAGGUGCUAUUUUUGGAGCCCUGCAGGACAUACUUGGGAGCCGUUCCAUUUCAAAGGAGUAUUACAAUCAGACAGGCCGAAUUCCUGACUGGUGCUCACUCAAUAACCCACCUAUGGAAAUGAUGUUUGAUGUGGGCAAAGCUCCACCCCCACUCAUGAAGAGAGCAUUUUCCACUGAAAAAUAAAGUCUGAAUAAAAUGCAGCCGCACUUCACCCAAGAAAAGAUACUGUUAUACACAGAAUAUAUCAUCCCAACCCAAUUACCAAUGUGUCACAAAGUGUAUAGGAUAUUGUGUUAUAGUUAACUUUAGUAUAAGUGAAAGCAAAUCCAUGUAUCCUUUUCUGACUUUUUUGUUUUUCUAAAGGAGCUUCAGUAGGUGACCCUGGUAAUAUUUACUAUAUUUAUAUGAAUAGUAUAUACAAAGCAGUUUAAUUUUGAAAGUUUAUUAGGAAGUCCAUUACCGGAAAAGGAUAACAUUUUUUUCUUCCUGCAGUUUGUAAGACCCAUUCCAGCCUUUGGAAAUUCUGUUGAAAAUACCAUAAUGUUUAAUAGCUAUUCAUUUGAAUAUUGAACAGUGUUAAACACUACUAGUUAUUUCAAAUAUUAAAGUGUAUGUACAAAAAAGUUUUGUUGUGGCCAAUAAGUUUUUACAGGGGGCAGGAUCCAUGACUACAUAUUAUAGCUGUUAGAUUUUUAGGUAAAUUAAAAUAUCUUUGACCCUUCUGGCUGAAAAUAUUAUCUAUUUAUUGAUAAUUUCACUAAUCCUAUACUCUGUACCAAAUGUUCCUUUUCAGACUUCCUUAAAUGUACUUAGCCUUAUAAUUUUUAAGUAUUAACAAUCUGGCUGAAAUUUUUGCUUAUUUUUUAUUUGGUCUUCUGUGAAGAUAAGUAAUACACAUUA